AUGACCACGAACCAAACUUUCAUCCCAUCAGGUCACUCCUCAGAGAUAAAGAACCUGCAGCAGGAUUUAACAGCGUUGGUCACCAACAUUCAAACUGCAGCCGAUGCCAAAGAGCUGAUGAGAAGAACAGAGCUGGAGGAGGCUCGCAGAAUCAGGCUGGAGCGCUUGGAAAAUGAUGUCCGGUCCAGUCAGGAGCAGUGUGAGGAGCUCAUCAGAGGGUGGUCCAUCGCUCAGGAGGAGGUGAUCCCUCAGGAGCUGCAGGAGGCGCUCAACAGCCAGCAGCAGCAGUGUUCCGCUCUCAUCGCGAAUAAGAAGAAGCUCAUCAGCGACCUGCAACAGGAGCUGAAAGCUGCGGACGAUCGUUACGUGAAGGAUUUGAGGAGGCACACGGAGGAGCUGGACCUGAUGAUGGAGAGGAUGGAGCAACAGAACAAGGCUUUGAUCCAAGCCUACAGGGAGGAGAUGACUGAGAUUCAGAGAACUUAUCAGCAGGAGGUCGAAGUCUUUCUUAAAGCGGACAAAGCUGAAUGGGAAGAGCGCACAAGUAAACUUUGGGAGAAAGAGAUGGAGAGGCUGAUGCAGAGGAAGGAGAAAGUGGAGGAGUAUGAAAACACGAUUCACAGUCUGAUGUUGGAGGCUGUCAACAUGACCGCAGCCCACCACGUCCAGCGCAACGAGAUAUUUCAGGCUCUGGAGAGGGAGCAGCAGGAGAUGAAGGGCGCCAACGUGCUUGUGAGCUUGAGAGCAAUAAAGCCGUCGUACGACGUGAUGGAGCACCAGAGCAACUGGAAGCAGAGGUUGAGGAGCAGUGUCAGCCUGAGGACCAAGCUGACGAACCUCAAUAAGAAGUAUGUUAAUCAGAAGGAAGAGUUUGCAAAGAGGACCUGGUACUUGUCGGAGGGCCACAGCCGCAACAUUCAGCAAUAUGAACGCAUGCAAAAGAUCACAAAAUCCUCUGCAUCCGCCGACGCCAGGAAGUGUAAGGAGAUGUGGUCAAUGAUGGACGCGGAGGUGCAGCAGCUGGCGGACAGGGCCCUGCUCCUCGACUCGCUGAUCUGCAGGCAGCACCUGGGCUUGUCCUGGGAGCGGCCGCGUGACCUCCGCGGGGGGCUACGGGGGGAACGGGGCUCGACGGAGACUCAGGUUGCGAGCGCCGGCGCCAUGGACCGCGAGGACGGGGCCGGAGCGCGGAGCGAGGUGUCGGCGGAGACGCUGAAGGAAGUGCUGGAGCUGCUGUGUGAUGAGGCAGGCUUCCUGAUGGAAGACAAACUCCUGAAGCUGCUCGCUCCACUAAACAAAGAAGAACAGAGUGUAGUGAAGCUGGGCUCCCUCAUUUCUUCUUUGGGCGUUGAGGAGGAGGAUUUGCCCAGGUUGGCUGUUUUCUUAUUAAAGUACAAACAGCAGGCUGAGGAUGCUCAUCCGGCCGCCCCCAGUGACCCGACAGAGGCAGUGGAGUCUAUGACUAAUCUGUCGUCUGACCUCAUCGACCCCAAUCACAUCAUACCUGCUCUGAAAUGUUUCUUUGAGGAGCACAUGCUGUCCCGGGAGACCUUAUCCCACCAACAAAGCAGCCUGCUGGAUUUUGAGGCCUGGGAUGGUUCAGAGCAUAAAAGCUACUGGGAGAAUAUGGGCAACAUUAUCCCCCAGGACAGAGUCCAGCUGUGGGAGGCGGCUGAACACGUACUGAAGCAGCACCUGUGAGCAUCAACUGCAUGAAGACUCACCCAUGCGCUUCUGCUUGAGGUCUAAUGUGAACGUUCUGCUUCGUUCUGCAAUUUCAGCUCCAUCACGUCCUCACAGAGAUUUCCGAGCUCAUCCCUGAGACUGAGGGCCUGAAGCAGCAGAACACCGAGCUGCGGAUGCUGCUGCAGCAGUCUCUCAAUUCAAAAGUCAAUACAGGACUGGAAAUUUCCAAGUGACCAGUGUUCCCAGCACAACUCUCUCUGUUCCCUGCAGGACAUUUCUGUACUGCAAUUCAAGACCAUGUUUUUAAAAAUAUGUCCAAUAUACUAUGUGGUCCAAAACAUGCCUUUUUAUAGCUUGUCAUAAAAAUAUGUCCUACUCUACUAUGUAGUGAAAAAUAUGCCUUUGUACAAUGUAUUUACCUGAACAGCAUCUGAUAAAUAAAUUGUCAAUUGUCAAAAUCA